AUGAGCGGCAACCUCUCUACGCCGGGCGGUAUUUCCGACCCCGCCCUCAUUACUCUCGUCAACAAGCUACAGGACGUCUUUGCCACUGUCGGCGUCAACAACCCCAUUGAUCUUCCUCAGAUUGCCGUCGUCGGUAGUCAGUCCAGCGGAAAGUCUUCCGUAUUGGAAAACAUUGUCGGUCGUGACUUCCUCCCUCGUGGUUCCGGCAUUGUUACCCGUCGACCUCUCGUUCUCCAGCUUAUCAACCGACCCGCUCAGUCCAACGGCGUCAAGGAAGGUGACUUCGACGGCGGCAACGACAAGGCUGCCAACCCCGAUGAAUGGGGCGAGUUCCUUCACGUUCCCGGCCAAAAGUUCUACGACUUCUCCAAGAUCCGCGAUGAGAUUGCCAGUGAAACCGAGGCCAAGGUCGGCAAGAAUGCCGGCAUCUCUGCCGCUCCCAUCAACCUCCGUAUCUACUCGCCCAACGUCCUGACCCUGACCCUCGUCGAUUUGCCCGGUCUCACCAAGGUCCCCGUCGGUGACCAGCCCAGGGAUAUCGAGAGACAGAUUCGCGAAAUGGUCCUCAAGUACAUUGGCAAAUCCAACGCCAUCAUUCUCGCUGUAACCUCUGCCAACAUCGACUUGGCCAACUCGGACGGUCUCAAGCUCGCCCGCGAAGUCGACCCCGAAGGUCAGCGUACCAUCGGUGUCCUCACAAAGGUCGAUCUCAUGGACGAGGGUACCGAUGUCAUUGACAUCCUUUCCAACCGAGUCAUUCCCUUGCGUCUUGGCUACGUCCCCGUUGUCAACCGUGGCCAGCGCGAUAUCGACAACAAAAAGGCCAUCAACGCCGCUCUCGAGGCCGAAAAGAACUUUUUCGAAAACCACAAGGCGUACCGCAACAAGAGCUCCUACUGCGGUACUCCCUACCUCGCCCGCAAACUCAACCUCAUUCUCAUGAUGCACAUCAAACAGACUCUGCCUGACAUCAAGGCUAGAAUUGCCAGCUCUCUACAAAAAUACACGGCCGAGCUCGACAGCCUGGGCCCUUCCAUGCUGGGCAACAGCGCCAAUAUUAUCCUCAACAUUAUUACCGAAUUCACCAACGAGUGGCGCACCGUUCUCGAUGGUAACAAUAACGAGCUAUCUAGCACCGAGCUGUCGGGUGGUGCCCGUAUCAGCUUUGUCUUCCACGAGCUCUACUCCAACGGCGUCAAGGCCAUUGAUCCCUUUGACGUUGUCAAGGAUGUCGAUAUCCGCACUAUUCUUUACAACUCGUCUGGCUCUUCUCCGGCCCUGUUUGUCGGCACGACUGCUUUCGAGCUCAUUGUGAAGCAGCAGAUCAAGCGCCUGGAGGAUCCCAGCUUGAAGUGCAUCUCCCUCGUCUACGAUGAGCUGGUUCGUAUUCUCUCGCAGCUGCUAGGAAAGACGCUGUAUCGCCGCUAUCCUUCUCUCAAGGAAAAGAUGCACAGUGUCGUCAUUGCCUUUUUCAAGAAGGCCAUGGAGCCCACCAACAAGCUCGUUCGUGACCUUGUCAACAUGGAGGCGUGCUACAUCAACACUGGCCACCCCGACUUCCUGAACGGCCACCGUGCUAUGGCUGUCGUCAACGAGCGUCAUAACCCUAGCAAGCCGGUUCAGGUUGACCCCAAGACCGGCAAGCCUCUACCUGCUGCCGCCACUCCCGCCCGCACAACCAGCCCGCCUAUCCCCGAUACCGACACCAACGGUGGCUUCUUCGGCAGCUUCUUUGCGGCCAAGAACAAAAAGAAGGCUGCUGCUAUGGAGGCCCCUCCUCCCACCCUCAAGGCCUCUGGCACAUUGUCUGAGCGCGAAAACAUUGAAGUCGAGGUCAUCAAACUGCUCAUCUCUUCAUACUAUAACAUUGUCAAGCGCACCAUGAUUGACAUGGUGCCCAAGGCCAUUAUGCUUACCCUUGUGCAAUUUACCAAGGAUGAGAUGCAAAAGGAGCUCCUCGAGAACAUGUACCGCACCGAUGCCCUGGAGGAGCUGCUGAAGGAGAGCGACUUUACCAUUCGCCGACGAAAGGAGUGCCAGCAAAUGGUGGAGUCGCUGUCGCGCGCCAGCGAGAUUGUCAGCCAGGUGCAGUAA